AUGUCACUCCACGCUCCAACUGAAGAUCGGGACACAGCACCGCAAUUUGGCCAGUUUCAUCGCCCGAAUCCCGCUGCUACCGAAAAUUCUGAACGCACUAUACUUGUCCUGCUUGAGAACUUACUACGUCAAGAGCAACAAUCAAAGCUUUACCAGGGGCGCCUAGAAACUAGGGUCUACAGUGAUUCUGUGGGCUACCAAAAGCUACGGAAUCAUUGUAUACAACUAGAGAAAAUGGUUUAUGGAUUAGAGCAUCAUAAAUCGCAACAAGAGGCUACACUGCGCUAUACAGCGGACGUAUGCCAAGCAAUAUCUCGGGAUCUUGCUCUUGAGAGAAACAAAGUGCAGGAGUUAGAGUCUCGCUUCAAUGAUGUGUAUCCGGCAAUCGAUAAAUUGCUUCAACGUUUAACACAAGACCAGAACCCUCCUGGCUCUCAGGAUGGGAUGUGGACUAUACAGCAACUUCAGCACGAGAAUCUGCGCCAGCGCGAAUUGAUUGCUUGUCUUCAAUCCACCCUUCAGGCUCGCGAAGAAAUGGUCCAAGAGCUCCAAGUCGCCUUAGAGCAAUUGACACGAGAACUCCAUAGGGGCAACAGCAACCUCAACAAGCCAGAUGAUUUGACUUCGAAUGGUACUCCUUCGGGUUGCUCGGAUGAAGAAUCAUCUGUCGAGAUCAUUACGAAAAGGCCAGCCUCGAUUUUCCCCAAGUUUUGA